UAACUCGUUGGAUAGCUCUUACAACGGCCGCCUAUAUUGGUCGUGUUCAUACCACAGCACUUUCAUGGCUACAAACAAGACGAAUAAACAACAAAUGUACCAGUACGAAGAUAUUGCUAUUUUAAAAAAAAUUUCAUUUCGCGGUGGCAACGUUUCACAUCUUAAAAGAGAUAAACUGACAACAUUUGUAUGUCAUCGUCAGACAUUAAUCACAUGAGAUUACAAUCUUGCGACAUUCCAGUGAAACUAUGGAUAGCAGAUAUCAGUAACAUGCGCCAACAUCAUAUUUUCACGUUCGCUUACAUUUUUAAAGGAAGAUUCACAAAGUCUGUUGAUAUUAUGGGAACAGUGACUUCAAGAGCGGAAUAUGCAUCGUUCUUUAUAUACAUUGUGGAUGAUGGUACAGGAGCCAUUGUAUGCAAACUUAAUAAGAACUUAAAAAUAGAUGAAGACAGGUAUGAAGAACUUCUGCUUUCAAAGAGGAGAAUUGCUGAAUCCCCUAUGCCAGCUCACGUGAAGCAGGCAAGACUUUCUUUUAUGGAAAAAGUGAUGACAAAAGCUGACGCAGCACGUGAACUUUUGGAUCUGGGCACAACGGUACAUAUUCAGGGCAAGGUAUACGAGCGUUACGAGAGGCGCCAAGUGUUCGUGACAGACAUCUCUGUCAUCAAGAGCUUAGAAGAAGAAGCAGAUCACAUUUUGAAAGUUUGUGCAUUGUAUAAGAUGUAUGACCGCGUAGAAUCUGCCAGGAAAGCUAAGACUCUGGAUUUAGUACUGGAAAUUUCCCAUUUUCCAGAAAGGCAACAUCGACGAGCAUAUGAUCCGUGGAUUAUAUAGGUUAACUUGUUAUGCAGAACUUCUGAUUUUACCUAAAAUUCCUUCUGUACCAUUUCUUUUAUUUUUAUGCUUUGCUCUCUUGCUCUUAGUUUUACCCCAUUGUUUUGUAAAUUCAUUUUUACUUUUUGGGCAAUAAAUAUUUUUUUUUACUUG